AUGCAUCAGAAGGAUGGAGUAAAUGAUGAAGACUUUGAACCUUACCUAAGCAGCCAGACAAAUCAGGUGAGUGAGUGUACCCAUUCUGCCCAAGCCUUUCAGCCAUCCAGCUUGACAUUCCAUAGCAUAGAGGGGAUAUGUGUGUUUUGGGACUUAUUGAACCUUUUGAACCCUCAUAAUUGGGUCUGAUAGUGAUAUAUGUAUAUAGGGUGUAUAGAGGGUUAACCUAAAGUCACUGUAUAGUAGCCAACGUGAAUAAGGAGCUAUUGAUAGAUGACUGACACUCAUUUUGAAAUGGAAAAGUUUAAAAAAUGACCUUUGAUAGUGGAAUUAUUGUUGAUUAAAAAAAAACACUCUGGGUGGUGUUCAUCAUCUUGUGCCAGGGUGACGAGCUUACUUCUUCUUACAGAAUUCUAGUGAAAUGUAACCAAGAACAAACCCACUAUCACCCACGCCAAUUUACUUAUAAAAGAAAUCCUUGCAAACUGACAAUUAUUACAACAACAACUGACAGAUUAUUAUAACACUUUGCUGUCUUCACUUGUUGCUAUGGGAAACAUAUUUGAUAGAGCUGGUAUCCAUCAUUUCCACUGAAAGCCAAUCUUGCUCCUUAAAAUGAACGCAGAUUUAUUUAUUGGUUACAGUUUUGAAGAGCGAUGGGCAAGAUUAGGUUUGUCUUAGCUUCUAUCAUUAAGGUCAUCCAUUAACUGACCCUUGUUCUCCCCAUCUACAGAAUAACAGCUACCCACCAAUGUCCGACCCCUACAUGCCCAGCUACUAUGCUCCCUCCAUAGGCUUCCCUUACUCCCUGGGGGAGGCCCCCUGGUCCACUGCGGGGGAUCCCCCCAUGCCCUACCUGACCACCUACGGACAGAUGAGCAACGGCGAGCACCACUUUCUCCCCGACGGGGUGUUCAGCCAGCCGGGCGCCCUGGGCAACACCCCUCCCUUCCUCAGCCAGCCGGGCGCCCUGGGCAACACCCCUCCCUUCCUCAGCCAGCACGGCUUCAACUUCUUCCCUGGAAACGCAGACUAUUCCACCUGGGGCACUAGUGUCUCUCAGGGCCAGUCCACACAGAGCAGCGUCUAUAGUAAUAGUUAUGGUUACACACCUAGUUCCCUGGGGAGGGCUAUAGCUGACGGACAGGCGGGCUUUAGCAGUGACACCCAGCUCAGUAAGGUCCCAGUGCUGAGCAGCAUCGAGCAGGGCAUGACGGGGUUAAAACUGGGCACGGACAUGGGCGCCGCCGUCACCAAGACUGUCGGCUCGCCCCUCGGGGGCACGUUGGGCAUGAGUAGCAUGGCGGCCAAUAGCAUGCCACCGUUGGUUAGUUCCUCCGCCCCCACACCCACAUCCUGGGCAGCCAUCGCCAGGAAGCCGGCCAAGCCCCAGCCCAAGGUCAAGCCCAAAGCCAACAUGGGGAUGGGGGGCCCUGCCAUUCCCCCGCCGCCCAUCAAGCACAACAUGAACAUUGGCACCUGGGAUGAUAAGGGCUCCCUCAACAAGCCCCCCUUAGCUCAGGCCAUGAUGCCCCCUCAGACCAUGGUGCAGCAGACCCUGAUGGGCCAGCCCCAGCCCCUGCUGCAGAGCCCUCUGCCCCACCAACAUCAGCACCAACAUCAGCACCAACAUCAGCACCAACAUCAGCACCAACACCAGCACCAACACCAGCAGCACCACCAACCCUUUCAGCUGCAGUCACUCCAGUCCCCCCAACACCCCCAGCAGAUUCCUCCAGGCCCCCCUCACCCCCACCAACAUCCCCACCAGAACUUCUCUUCCCAGCCCGGCCCCCCUCAACCCAUACAUCAACACCAACACUCCCAGCUCCCACCCCAGAACCGCUGGGUGGCUCCCCGGAACAGGGGCACCUUCAACCAGGGAGGGGUGGAGGGCUUUGGGAUGGGUGUUGGUGGGGUCCCCCUCAGUGCCUCUCCCUGCUCCGGGGAGGUGCACCCCGUGUUGGAGAAACUGCGGGCCCUCAACAACUACAACCCCAAAGACUUUGACUGGAACCUGAAGAACGGCCGCGUGUUUAUCAUCAAGAGCUACUCUGAGGACGACAUCCACCGCUCCAUCAAGUACUCCAUCUGGUGCAGCACCGAGCAUGGCAACAAGCGCCUGGACGGUGCCUACCGUUCGCUGGGGGCCAAGGGGCCCCUCUACCUGUUGUUCAGCGUCAACGGCAGCGGACAUUUCUGCGGUGUGGCGGAGAUGCGCUCACCCGUGGACUACAACGCCUACGCAGGCGUCUGGUCUCAGGACAAGUGGAAGGGCAAGUUUGAGGUGAAGUGGGCGUUUGUGAAGGACGUGCCCAACAACCAGUUGAGGCACAUCAGGCUGGAGAACAAUGACAACAAGCCUGUCACUAACUCUAGGGACACUCAGGAGGUGCCUCUGGAGAAGGCCAAGCAAGUGCUUAAAAUUAUCGCAACUUUCAAGCAUACUACCUCAAUCUUUGAUGACUUUGCACAUUACGAGAUCCGCCAGGAGGAGGAAGAGGCCCUGCGGAGGGUGAGAGAACCGUGCUGCUCACACAUACACACAUACAUAAAUACAUACAUACCCCUAUCCUAA